ACACACACACACACACACUCAUGUUCCUGUGCUCUCUCACACACACACACACAAUCUCAUGCAUGCUCGCUCACUCACUCACUCACUCACUCACUCGCACACUCACUCAGACACACACGCACACUCUCGCCCUCACUCAAUCUCAGACACACAAGUCUCCAGUCAGCGCUGCUCGAGCUGAGGAUCUGAGCUCCAGGUGGACAGGGUGGAGAGAGAGAGAGAGAGAGUAAGAGAGAGAGAGAGAGAGGCAGGCAGGAAGAGGAGAACAAGAAGGAGAAGGAGGAGGGCAGCCAGUGGUCAAAGUGAGAGAGGGGAGCGAGUAAGUGGGCGAGGGAAGAGAUCAGAAAGAGAAGAGAAGAAAAGAAAAAAAAGGGGAGGGUGGAGAAAAAAAGAAGAAGGGGAAAAAAGCAAAGCGGGAGGACCCAGAGGAACCUGUCAGUAUAGCGAGUGCUGGGAGUUUGCUGAAGGAGGAGUGCUCGGAGGUAUAGAAGUGGAGGAUGGUGCCGCAGCUCUCUCCUCGACUCAGGAGGGCCAGGGUUAAGUCUUGAGCAGUCCUGUCACUGGGACACACAGACGUUCAGGAGGUGGCCGGUGUGUUACCAUGGCGACGCUGACCGGCAGUGGCGGAGGUGGCCUGGGGUUGGUCCUGGUGGAGUUUGAGUACGAAUACAAAGGCCGCGAUGGCGGCAUGGUGACCAUCAAGCCCAACGAGCGCUACAUGCUCCUGGCCAAGACCAACGACCACUGGUGGCACGUGCGACGCAACGAGCGCUCCAAAGCCUUCUACAUCCCCGCCAAGUAUGUCCGGGAGCUGCCCAACUCCUUCCCCUCGCCGCUGGACUUUGCCGCCGCCGUCGUCUCGCCGCCCAGCCCCGAGCACAAGCAACCCCCUCCGCUGGACCUGGCCGAGGAGAAGAGGGGGGGCGACGAGGUGACCAUCCGCCUGCGCUCGCCCGGCGGCUACCGCAAGACGGAGAACCGCAUGUCCACGUUCGGCGUUCCGCUGGAGAUCCACGAUCCGCCGGCGGCGUUCAAGAGAGGAGGACACGCGGAACCGUCCUUCUCCAUGCUCAGCGGACUGGGCGGGGGAGGAGGAGGGGGUGGCAUUCAGGAGCUCGCCUCUUCAUCGUCAUCCUCUUCCUCGUCUCAGAAGAAAAGGCUCAGUUUGAACCCCAGCAUCCUGUUUGGUGGAUCGCGGGGGUCCAGCGCGGCUCCUGCCCAUGUGAUCCCUUCUGUUCCAUCGCUGGAGGAUCUAUCCUAUAAGACCCGGGUGCCCAGCUUCAGCCCUGCUGACCCCGUGCUUCGGCCCAUCCAGGGGAAGCCUGUGGACCUCCCCAUCAUCAAAGACAUUGCUAGCGAUGAUCCCCCGCUGCGGGAGGAGUCACCGGAACCGGCCUCGCCCCUGGAGCCGGACUCAGAGUCCGCCUCAAGCACGGAACCGGACCGUUCGCCGGACUCGGAGAACAUCUACGAGUCGAUCUUGGACCUGAACCUGGACGGGUCACCUGUGACAGAGACGGCACCAGCACUGAUUCCUGCCCCUGCCAUGCCGGAAUCUUCUUCCACGCACACCUGCCACGUCUCCCCUGUGCCGGCACAACCAAAGGCAGAGAAUGAGAACCCCACCACGGCUGUGUACGCCAACGUGACCGACCUGAAGAAGACGACGCCGCGCGCCCCGCCCGCGGUCUCCUCCUCCUCCUCCUCUUCCUCGUCCCCGUCGCCCGGCGUUCCGGGCGUUCCGCCGCACCCCUCGCUGUCCGCGGAGGGAUGGGAGGUGCACACUGACAAGGACAGCGGCAAGAACUUCUUCUACCAGCCGUCGACGGGGCAGAGCACGUGGGAGAGCCCCCGCAGCCCGCUCCCCGGGCCAGGCAUGGACGCGCUGGCCUCGCCCCUCUCCGCCUCCUCCACCUCCUCCAGGGGCUCGGACUGGGAGCAGCUCCUGGACGAGUCCACCGGCCGGCACUACUACUACAACUCCGCCUCCAAGGAGACGACCUGGGAAGCGCCCAACGCCGUCUCACCUGCCUCCCCCGCCUCGCCCGCCUCGUCGCCUGCGGAGAACCAGAGUCUGCAAAGACAGCACAGCGAUGGACCGCCCCCCCUGCCUGAGGAGGAUUACCCCACUGAGGAGCCGGAGGACCCGCCGGUCUUCGGCCGGGACGCGUCCGUCCCCUCCUUCAAGAUGGUCAUCCCCAGGCCCAGCCUGGAGCCCAGCGUCCCUGCAGGCUGGACCCGCAGCCAGCAGCAGGACGGCAAGACCGUCCUCACCAACGACCGGUCCCAGGAGCAGUGGUUCCAAUCUAAGGAUAAAAAUGGGAAAACCUACUACUACCUGAAAGGUGGAUCAAAGUCGCAGUGGAGCCUUCCUGAGGUUUCACAGGUUCCACAGGUGCCAGUUCCCCCCAGUCAGCCGGCGGUGGGUAAUGGAGUGGACCAGGAGGGCACACCGGUUCUAAAGAACUGGAGGAACACCAUGGGCCCGGUGGUCCCGCCCGCAGACGACACGAAGUUCUUUCCAUCCCACCGGAGACAUGUCUCUGACUAUGCCAGUGAUGCCUCGGCCAGCUCAGGGAAUUCUCCAGAGACACCCCAUCAUGAUGGUAGGGUCAGACUGCGGAGAAACUUGUCCAGUACGAGCUCAGACUCGCAGAUAUAUGGUGGCCACCUGCUGGAGAAAGCUGGAAUUCUCAACAAAACCAAAGUAGUUGACAGUGGAAAGAAACUCAGGAAGAACUGGUCUCAGUCCUGGACGGUUCUCCAUGGUGGUAUCCUGACAUUCCAUAGAGAUCCCAAAUCAGCCCCAUCAGGACCUUCUAGCAAAACGAACCAGAUCGUCCCUGAAUACACGGUUGAACUGAGAGGGGCUUCUGUCCUUUGGGCGCAUAGAGACAAAUCCAGCAAGAAGAACGUUCUGGAGCUGAAGACGCGUAACGGGUCGGAGUACCUCAUUCAGUACGACACUGAGAGCAUCAUCACCGACUGGCACAAAGUUAUUCUGGACGCCAUCAAACAGCUGGAACAAGAUCAUGUCUCAGAGGAGGAGGAGGAGGAUUCAGAGAAUGACAAAGACAGAAAGAGAUCUCUUCGCAGCAGCGCUAGCGCCGGCGCCAGCAGCAGCGGCAGCGGGGACUCGGGAGAUCAGGGCCGGGUCAGAACCAAGCUGCGCAAGUUCCUGCAGAGGCGACCCACGCUGCAGGCGGUCAAGGAGAAGGGCUACAUCAAGGAUGCUGUGUUUGGAUGUCACCUGGAUACCCUGUGCCAUCGAGAGAACAGCACGGUUCCACGAUUCUUGGAGAAGUGCAUAAGGGCAGUGGAGAGGAGAGGUCUUGAUGUCGAUGGAAUCUACAGGGUCAGUGGCAACCUCGCCGUCAUUCAGAGACUGCGGCACAAAGCCGACCACGAUGAUAAUCUGGACCUAGAGGAUGGGCAGUGGGAGGAGAUCCACGUCAUCACCGGAGCACUGAAGCUCUUCCUCCGAGAACUACCCGAGCCCCUCUUCCCUUUCAGCUUCUUCGACAAGUUCAUCGCUGCCAUCAAAAUCAGCGACUACAAACAGAAGGUCUCUUACAUGCAGGACCUGGUGCGAUCCCUCCCUCUACCCAACCACAACACCAUGGAGGUCCUCUUCAAACACCUGCGCAGAGUGAUAGAAAGUGGCGAGUUGAACCGAAUGUCAGUCCAGAGCACAGCGAUUGUGUUUGGUCCCACGUUACUGCGGCCUCAGACGGAGUCGGCCAACAUCACCGUGCACAUGGUCUUCCAGAACCAGAUUGUGGAGCUCAUCCUCAAUGAGUUUGAGGAGGUGUUCAAGCCCAGAUGAGGCCCACCAUGCGAGAUGAGACCCCCAGAAAGCCCCCCACCCACACACAAACACACACACACACACACACACACACACACACACACACACACACACACACACACACACACACUCACUUGUUCUCUAUCUGUCUCUCCCUCUGUCUGUCUUUCUCACCCACUUUAUUGGUCUCUUUCUGCAUCUCGUUUCUUCUUUCUUUCUCUCUCUCUCUCUGUCCCUUUCUCUUGUAAGGACAGUGUGCCAUAGAGAGGAGAGAGUGAGGAAAAACUGUCUGUCUGUGUCUGUCUGUCUGUCGGUCUGUCUGUGGUAGUCAGGCAGGACACAGACACAGAGUCAGAGUCAGUGGAAACUGUGAUGAAGGUCCCUGUCAUAUGGACAGAGUAGUGCCUAUACCUGGGAGAAGGAUGCUGGAACUAUAUGCCGCCUCAAUGUAUUGUUGUUAUCGGUCUUUAUUUUACGUGCCUCAAAUCCUCCUCCACCACCUUCAGCCCUCAGUGGACACCUGUGACUGUUGUGUCGGAGAUGUGCUUGUUCAUGUUCAUUCAGAUGGCAACUCGACUGUGGGUUGGAUAUGGCCUUGGGUCAGCUGUUCUCUGGACAUCUCUCUCAUGUUGGUACUGCAGAUGUCAAGCUGUCAAGAUCAAGUUCCACCUGCUCUCUGCAGGAAAACUAGUCAUGCAAUAUCAUCAUCCUUCCCUUUUGUGGUAUGAGUGAAUUGACUGAGUGCAACCAGAAUGCACUGCUCAGUGUGGGUAUAGCUGCAUGGAUUUAAGUGACAGUGAGUAUGUUUACAGGGACAUUAAUAUUCCGAUAUUAACCCAAUUAAGGCAAUAUUCCAAAUAAGACGCUGCCAUGUAAAUUGCCAUGCCAUUUUCUGAUUGCCUUAACCCGAAUAAGGUCAUAGUUGGAGUAAGCAAUAAUCAAAUUAACACAUGUGAAGUAUUCUGACCUGAAUCAUUAUUGAGGUGCAUUGUAUGCCUGUAUACACCUUAAUCACAUUUCCUCCAUAUCCUAUUAGUGCUGAAACUUUUACAGAAUGAACUGUCUUUGCUAGUAAUAAUUUGACUAUGCUGCUUUACAUGCAAAUGGAAAUAGGAACAGAAUAUUCUAUCAACAACUCAUGUAAACACCAUAAUAACAAUAUUGUCUUAUUCUGAAUAAGGGUAAUAGUCGGAUUAUUGCUGUGCAAGUAAACAUAGUCGGUGUAAUACUCAGCCAAAAUUAAAUUAUUAUGGGUUUCAUGUCAAAAGGGAUAGCACUGCUCACUUUGUCCCUGCAGAUUUUCAGACCACAACCUGUAAAGCCUACUGCAGAGCCAAACGUUCCACUGCCUGCCUUGUUUGUUCGAUUGUUUCAUUUUAUUGUGUAAGGGAAUGGGAAUUUUAUACUGACAAACUUUCAAAAAGCGGUGGUGAAAUAUACGUAAAUAAAGCAAUAUUCUCAUGUUUAACUACAAGCUAUGGGCUGUAAGAUAUGGAGACAUCUAAUAUAUGACUGUAGCUGUACAGACUGGCUGUUAUGUCAGUGUUAGUGUUUAUAUGCAAAGCAUUAUAGAAUCAGAACAAACUGGCUCAACAAAGGUUUUGUUUAAAUAUUGUUUGACUAUGUACAUAGAAAAGGAAAUACAUUAUCUGUGAAGGUUCUUUAAAUAAAGAAACAAUUUGUAUAA